CGUUAAUACGAGUCCAAUGGAGUUUCCCAUCUCCUUUAAAAGUAUCUAUGUGACGGCUAGUCACAACCUAGCUAGCUUGGCUACUUGUGUCUCAGUCAGAAGGAUACAGGCACAUUUUGAAUGGUUUCAUACAUGUUAGGAAUGCAGCCACCACUCUCACCGGAUGCAGUCAGAGAGCUGGUGUGUUCCUGUCUUCACAGGGACCCAGUAGCCGCUGAUCUGAGAUGCAGCCUGUUUGUGGCAGCUGCUCAGAACUACAAGCGGGACUCAGUUCUCAGACCCUAUCCCCCCAGAUACAUCAGAGACAGAGACACCAAGGAGUUUGAUGAGCUGCUGUCAGAUGUCAGCAGUUUGCCUGGUGUGAGGGAGCUGGUGAGACUGAGACCUGGUGAAGCUGACCAUCAUCUGGCCCUCACACACUGGGUUCUCUCCUCCAAGAGCUUCGCUGUGAAAACACUACAGAAAGACGAGUAUGCCAAGCUGUGUAACCUGACGGAGAGUGAGGGGAUCUCCACGCCUGUUCCAGACUUCCUGUUUGAGCUGGAGUACUGCGACCAGAUGAACGCUAAGUUUGAGAAGACACGGGCAGGACGCGACCUCUUCUAUGCAUUCCACGGCAGCCGACUGGAGAACUUCCAUUCUAUCAUCCACAACGGACUACACUGCCACCUCAACAAGACGUCGUUGUUCGGAGAGGGCACCUACCUCACCAGUGACCUCAGCAUGGCGGUCCUCUACAGUCCCCAUGGCAACGGUUGGCGUGACAGUCUCCUGGGACCGUUGCUAAGCUGUGUCGCCGUGUGUGAAGUCAUCGACCACCCAGACGUUAAGUGUCAGGUGAAGAGGAAAGACUCGGAGACCAUUGACCGGCAGCGCUCCAGAGCCAGGAACAGUGAAGGAGGAGAGGUCCCUCAGAAGUACUUUGUGGUCACCAACAAUCAGCUGCUCCGAGUCAAAUACCUGCUAGUGUACUCUCAGAGAAGACACCUGUCCAGACAUUCCCGGGGCAGGUCAUGGCUGGUCAGACAUCACUUUGCCAUUAUGAUGAGUCUCUAUCUGCUGCUACUCGUCUUUAUCGGUGCCUUCAACUCCACCACAUUCCUCUCCUUCUGGAACAGGCUUUUCCGCUGACGUCACAAUCGCAAGACGGUCUUGUCCGGUGACCUCACAAUCGCAGGACCACACUCUUCUGGUGACGUCACAAUGAAAUCACCGGACCUCACUAAUCACAGGACAUGGUCUUCCGUUGCUAUCACACGAGUCUCUGGUGCUUUCCUACUGCAGCCCCCGUUGGUCCAGCCUGAGGCUCUCUAUAGGCUUAUACCCCAGUGUUUCCUGGGGAAAUUGUUUCUCUUUUCCAUCCUUAGGGCUGACAUUAAGGACUUGGGAAGAGCAGUGUGUCAAGUUCAACAUUUGAAUAUUCAAACUGUUUCUUAUGAGAAGGAAUAGUUCAUAUAUACAUGGACCAUUCUUGUCAUUCAUAGUGCCUUCCAUAACAGAGAGAGAGACAGAAAGACAAUCAGACAGAUGGGCAAAUAGGACAUCCAUAUUAUACACUAUUUCCCUUUAAUCUCUUUCCUGUCUUCCACCUCUUUGUAUGUACAGUAUACAUGGCUAUUACCACUAGAGGUCGACCGAUUUAAUCGGAAUGGCUGAUUUCAUGUUUUCAUAACAAUCGUAAAUCUUUUUUUUUUUUGGACACCGAUUUUGUUUGAAUUAUUAUAAUAUUUUUUUUACACCUUUUAUUUAACUAGGCAAGUCAGUUAAGAACACAUUCUUACUUUCAACGACGGCCUAGGAACGGUGGGUUAACUGCCUCGUUCAGGGGCAGAACGACAGAUUUUUCACCUUGUCAGCUCGGGGAAUCCAUUCUUGCAAGCUUACAGUUAACUAGUCCAACGCAAUAACGACCUGCCUCUCGUUACACUCCACGAGCAGCCUGCCUGUUACGCAAAUGCAGUAAGCCAAGGUAAGUUGCUAGCUACCAUUAAACUUAUAAAAAACAAUCAAUCAUUCAUAAUCACUAGUUUACUACACAUGGUUGAUAUUACUAGAUAUUAUCUAGUGUGUCCUGCGUUGUGUAUAAUCUGACUGAGCAUACAUACAAGUAUCUGACUGAGCGGUGGUAGGCAGAAGCAGGCGUGUAAACAUUCAUUCAAACAGCACUUUAGUGUGUUUUGCCAGCAGCUCUUCAUUGUGCCUCAAGCAUUGCGCUGUUUAUGACUUCAAGCCUAUCAACUCCCGAGAUUAGGCUGGUGUAACCGAAGUGAAAUGGCUGGCUAGUUAGCGCGCGCUAAUAGCGUUUCAAACGUCACUCGCUCUGAGCCUUCUAGUAGUUGUUCCCCUUGCUCUGCAUGGAUAACGCUGCUUCGAGGGUGGCUGUUGUCGUUUUGUUCCUGGUUCGAGCCCAGGUAGGAGCGAGGAGAGGGACGGAAGCUAUACUGUUACACUGGCAAUACUAAAGUGCCUAUAAGAACAUCCAAUAGUCAAAGGUUAAUGAAAUACAAAUGGUAUAGAGGGAAAUAGUUCUAUAAUAACUACAAUUUAAAACUUCUUACCUGGGAAUAUUGAAGACUCAUAUUAAAAGGAACCACCAGCUUUCAUAUGUUCUCAUGUUCUGAGCAAAGAACUGAAACCUUAGCUUUCUUACAUGGCACAUAUUGCACUUUUACUUUCUUCUCCAACACUUUGUUUUUGCAUUAUUUAAACCAAAUUGAACAUGUUUCAUUAUUUAUUUGAGGCUAAAUUGAUUUUAUUGAUGUAUUAUAUUAAGUUAGAACAAGUGUUAAUUCAGUAUUGUUAUUGUCAUUAUUACAAAUAAAUAAUCGGUAUCGGCGUUGAAAAAUCAUAAUCGGUCGAUCUCUAAUUACCACCACUGGUUAUAACACCCUAAGGCUGUUUCUACAUGGUUAUUAUCAAUAUGGUUAUAACACACUAAGGCUGUUUCUACAUGGUUAUUAUCACUGCUAUGGUUAUUAUCAUCGCUAUGGUUAUUACCACCACUAUGGUUAUAACACCCUAAGGCUGUUUCCACAUGGUUAUUACCACCACUAUGGUUAUAACACCUUAAGGCUGUUUCCACAUGGUCAUUGAACCACACGAUGAAAUCGGGGAGGGGACUGCAGAUCUGUCUCUGUACGUUACUUAUGUUAGUCACAAUAUCUCAGACAGCACUGGGACGAUUAAGACGAAACUUGGAUGAAUGACACAUCUUGCCAUAAAGAUUCGGCAUUUUACAAAAUUACACUGAUUGGCCAGAUGGUGGCGCUAUAACAAGAGAUUGAAAAUGCUGACUUUAAAAGGUCAUGCCCCUCACCGUGUUUGACCUAAAGCCAUGAAAUUCGGUCCCUCUCCUCACAAGGAGCACAUUUGCCCCAGGGACUCAUAAGCAAUGUUCCCUCUAAUCUGCGUGCGGGCGCGCAGUAGCCCUUAGACUGCCGCAUGACUCAGCCCUUACUCUACACAGACCGGUGCGGCAUAACCAAUUAGAGCUGCAGUAGGCCUAUAAGCAAAUACACCGUUGCCAUAUAUGGAUCGGUGUCAUUUACUUUGAACUACACUGUGUUUACAGCUUUGGUCAUUAGUAGCUGUGCUUGUUUUGAGAUCAAAGCGAAAGCUGCAGGUAACCACGUGUGCACAUUUUGUUUAUAUUCUUUGCUAGUUAGUUAUUAGCCCAGUUAUAGAUCAUUUGUAGUCAGCAAUAGGGGAGUGAAUUGCUUCCUAUAAGAGCACAAAUCAUGUACAUUUCUAGUCCUCUUUUUUUUAACAAGUAAGGUAAAGAAUUUAUUCUUUAUUUUCUUACAGGGGUGGUGUUGUAUUUUGAGCCGGGCUUGAAUAAGCUAAUUAGAUUAUCUGUAAUAAUGGUAUGAGAAUAAUAAUAAUAAAUUUUAUUUUGUAAA